AUGGCAGCUGGGAUCCCCAGGGAGGACAAGAUAGCCGAGGAGAUGAUGUGCUUACGGCAGCAGAUUGCUGGACUCCAGCAAGAGCUUGGGAGACAGGUGUCUCUCUGGUCCGACACCUGCAGCAGACUCCAGAGUCAGAUGGACAUUUUGCAGAAGCAGAACCGGGAGCUCCUGCAGGAGCUGAGGGCCUCGGGGCUGUGGCUGCGAGGAGCCAGACACACAGUGGCAGCCCCCCUGCACCCGGAACUUCAGCCAGACACUCUGGUGGGGCAGGCACUCAGCGGCGGCGGAGGUACAAUCAUCACCCUCCCCAGGGGCAGCGAGGAGGAGGCUAGUGCCGGUGAGAAGGCGGUGACGGGCACGGUGGCUCUCAGUGGUGGCGUGACCAGCAAGCUACGUCAGAGCGAAAAAUCCCACCCUAAUGUCUCCAGAGAAAUCGUGUUUCCAGAUGGGACAGUGAAGCAUCGUAAGGGUGGAUGUGAGGAGACCUUAUUUCCUGAUGGGACAGUUCUAAAAGUGGAACGGAAUGGUGACAAGACCAUCGUGUUCAGCAAUGGCCAGAAGGAAAUCCACACGGCCCAGUUCACACGGCGGGAGUACCCCGAUGGCACCAUCAGGACGGUGUAUCUCGACGGCUCUCAGGAAACCCGGGACGCCUGCGGGAGGGUCAGGGUCCGAGGCAAGGCUGGACGUGUCUUCCAGGACAAGAGUGCACCCUCAAACGGGGAUGGGCACAAACUCUGUGACCAACAAGACGACUCCAGCUUGAGCAUCCUGCCGGACGCACCACAUGGCUGUCCCUUGGACAUACUGGGAUCAGCGCAGGCUUCUGAAGACGACAUCUCGUAUCAAUUGCCAAACAGCUAG